CGUUAGCUGACGUACGCAAGCUUUCUCCCGCGCGAUCCAAGUAAUACUCGAUAGAUAGUAUUCUACGGCUAGAGGCAUGGGCAAAUGAUUGUCGCACGGCGAAAUGAUCAACUGGCGUCCCAAUGUACUGUUAUUCUUUGUCGUGUUUUGGGAUUUAUUAAUUCUUGUUUCAAGUGAGACAGACCACCAUUGCUUAGACUAUUGUAAUUCCAAACAGAUAAAUUCGGGACAGGAUGUAAUAGAUUUGUAUUGUAACCAUGAGUGCAAAGUAGAACAGUGUCAGUGGGGAUGUGAGAAUUACCAGGUGGGGCCUGACUCCACCUGUCAACACACCUGUAGCCAGGGCUGGACCGCACAGGGGAACAUCACCAAUAAAGCUAGGAGUGUACAACAGGAAGAGAGCCAGUACUGCAGCGAUGGUUGCUUAAAGGCCCUGCAGAAUUAUGCCAAUCAAAUCCGAGCAUUGUUACCUCCCUUGCCAGCACCAGAGCUGAAGAAUGGAAUGAAGGGCCACUCCUGGGUGGUGCUCCUAUGGAACACUCAGCGGCUCUCAAACGUGACAUAUUAUGUCCAGGCCCGCAUGCCUGACACAGCCGGUCCCUGGGAGAUUACCACAGCCGCCUGGCUGGGGGGUGGAGCCAUCAACGUCACCAAUCUAAGACCCUUUGUGACUUACAAGUUUCAGAUUUUAUUGGUCAUAACCCCGACAGACUUCAUGUCAAGCAAUGAAUCAGUACCAAUCAUCACAGAACCCUAUGGAGCCCCCUCUGAGGCCCCCAAGAUUUGUGAAGUGUCCUCUCCUACCUCCACCGUCAUCUCCAUAUCAUGGAAACCACCCCUGUACACCAACGGACAGUUGCUAGGAUACUAUUUGACCUUGACCACUCUGACUCGGGAAAACGAGGCCAAGAAGUCGACCAUGAGAGAGGUCGCCCCUGACACGAGCGGGUGGACGUUCAGACAGCUAAAGCCAGGGCAGACGUACCAAGUAAAUGUGUCCGCCACUAAUUCUGUAGGGAAGGGACCCCCAGGGUCAGUGAAUAUCACCACCGCUGGACCAGGCGACUUGUCGGGUGAAGACGUAGUUUUCCUGGUCCUUGCCCAGGACAACAAGGUCGUGAAACAGAACACCAAACUGCUCCCUGCCACUGAUCCAGACACUGUUUUGACCUUGAACUCUUCUGGUACCACUGUUAAUGGAUCAACAGUUUUAUUCCAAAUUGCGGGUGAUGAGGUCACAGGUGUAGCCCUGGACAUUGGCAAACAGCUGUUGUAUGUAAGUGACUCGACCAAUACAAUAUAUGCCCAUGGUAUCGGGGCCCAGGGACAGUCCAGAGUUAUCUUUCCUGAUCUGCGGAAUCCUUCCUCCCUCACAGUGGAUUGGCUUCGGAAUAUACUAUAUGUAGUGAACCAGAGACAGAUACAUCAGUGUGACACACAGACAGACUCCUGCCGCCCCGCCUCCAGCACGCUAGAGGCUGUACCAGCGGACAUCAAAGUGGAUCCACUGAAUGGGUAUUUGUAUUUCACCUUGACCUCGGGCCAGCAGGGACUAUAUCGAAUAGACACCGGUGACAUCACUGACCAGAGCCCCGCCCCACAUAGGUCCAUCAUCAUCGACAACUUCCUAGCCUUUACUCUUGACCUGAACAACAUCCUCAUUUACUUUCCCGACGAAACCCAGAAUUCCAUGCGAUCGUCAUCACUAGAUGGACGAGACGUGACAGACAUCAGAAAGUCUCGGACUCAGCGAGCCAGGUUUCAGGGGGUGGUCAGCAUGGUGUAUCUAGGGGACGUGUUUUAUUGGACAAACGGAAACCAAGUGAUGCGCGAGGCGUACGACUGGGCCAGAGACACAUAUUACCACAACCAGCUAACCAUGUUUGCCAAUCACUUCUCAGGACUCAACGUAAUGCACAAAAGUGUGCAGCCCAAACCAGUUCCGCAUGGUGCCCCACAAACCCUUCAAGCUUUGUUUAGAGCUGUUGAUGUCUUGUUGUCAUGGAAACCACCCAAAAGACUGGCCUAUCAAGGUAAGGGUGCAUGGAACAGCUGGUCCUAUGACAUAAUGCUGCUAGGAGCCAAUCAGGAGCAAAAACAAGUGAUAUCCAAUGUAUGGAACACAUCCAUUACUUUGUCUAACCUUGACCCCAACACCAUCUACAAUGUCAAGGUCAGGGCAAAGUCUGAGACAGGAGUGGGACCAUGGUCAGGAACGUUCAAAGGAAGGACUCUGACAGAAGAUGCUCUGACAGCUCAGAUGAUCAUGAUUGAGCCCAACCGAUUCGGUGGAGGUGUUCUCAAGUCCAUAGAUACAUUUGGCGGUCAGACAAGGAGAUUGGCCAUCGUUAGAGGAAAAGUGAGGGACAUGACAUGGACCCCCAGCACUGUUUUCAUGGUAACAGAGAAGGGAGAACUUCUCUCCUAUCAGCCGGGCUUCUUCAUCUUUACGGAGGAGGUCACUGGUCUUGUCAGCGUGGCCUACGAUUGGCUGGCGGGGAAACUCUACAUGUCUUUAUCCACCAACCCUGGCACGAUUAAACGAGCUGACCUUUCUGACCUUACAAAGCAAGAGUUUGUGACCCAGGGGUUGGCCAGUCACAUGACUAUAGACUCUAUCAAUGGCAGACUGUACUGGGUGACAGAAAACAGUGUGGAAUCCUGCCUACUGAAUGGAGAAAACCUUAUCAAACAUUUCUUCAUUCCAUACUUCUCUGGAAGCAAGGUCAUUAGUUUGACUUUAAACUUUGACAUUGGCAAACUAUUGUGGUAUGUGAAGAGUUAUGACAGGCAGGAGGUGUAUAUGACAGAUUUGAUUCAGGGUGAAUCAAGGAUAGGGACCAGUGGUUACCAGCUGAUUGGUACAGUCAACUCAAUAGCCAAUGACUCGGUGAUUCAUUACCACUUCCAUAGAAUAUUCUGGCAGAACUCGGAGCAGCAGAUAGUGAUGGGUGAUCUGGAUGUAAACCACACAUCAGUUGUCUCCCCUGACAGAACCACCAUCUUCCUUGUCCAGCAUUCCUCACUCCAUCCCUACCCAGAUGGACUUACUGAGACGACAGUGAGGGUGAUUCCUACCACAGUGGACCCAGACAGCAUAAUUUGCAAUGGCCGAUGGUCAAAAUUCAACAUCUCCUGGGCCCCUGCUUCUGUUAAUUAUGGGGAAAUAUUCUAUGAAGUGUCCAUCCAAGCAGACACAGCUGUCAUUAUGAAAACCAACCAGACUUGGUAUGAGGUGGCGGGGUUCCCACCCUACAGCCUGAUGAGUGUCAGGGUGACGGGUUACACCUACUGGGGGUACGGGAAAUCCUCCAACACCACGAUGUACUCGCCCAUGUCAGUCCCUUCCAUGCCUCUCACCCCUCGAGUGUUUGUCACCCAGAGUAAGGCGACCUCGGGGUCACAGACCUGUACAGGGGCCCUAUUCAGGUGGGCGUCGCCCUCAGCCAGUAAUGGGGUCAUUGACCAGUAUAUCGUCACCUUCUACCACACGGGCUCCGAAAAUUUGACCAAGAUGGUCCUCUCCAGCACUGCCCGACACUUCUCAUAUGGCGAAUGUCUCCAGCAAAAUUACACCUAUAGCUUCCAGGUACAGGCUUGCACAAGAGAAGGAUGUAGUGAAAUGACAGAACAAAAGACAGCUACAGCCAAAGAUUUGAACCCCAUACCUCGACUCCUGUUGGCCAACGUCAACAACAUCCUAGUGAUGGAUGUGGACAGUACUCACAAUGUCCACAACGUGGUGACCGGGACCUCACCCCUCGCCGUGACCUUCUUGCAGGUGGCUCAGGAUGAGCGAGUCUUCUGGGUAGAUUACAAUAGUCAGCUAUGGGAGAACUCCAAUAAUGGCAGGAAAAAGCUGCUGGAUUUGGAUGUGUCCGUGACUGACAUGACGAUAGACUGGAUUAGCCGUACCAUAUUCAUCGCCGCGACGCAGAAACAGAACAACACAAGUAUCAUAUCAUCCUACCAGCUGGAUGAAGGCAAGCAGACACUCCGGAUGGAGAGGAGGGGCGUGGUCAUUAGCAGCCUGAUCCGGCAUCCUUACUCCAGCACAUUGUACUGGACAGAGAAUCCGGUGGCCGGAUCUAGCAGCACUCUCUAUCAUUGUCCAGAUGAGGGAAUCCCCACCCCUCUGUUCACACCCCGCCCCCAGAGGUCAGUGGACCGCCCCUGUAACUGCUCAGUGUCCUCUGUGGGGGGCGUGCUGGCCCUGGAUCACACCAAGGGAACGGAACUGGAUAUCCUGUUCUACGACUCGGCCACCAAUCAGAUUUCAGCGACCGACAGGAAGGGGUGCCACUGCCGGACGAUAACCAGGAACGCACAAGGGUUUCCCCCCGACCUGCUUUCUGUGGACCACAUGAUGAUUUACUGGUACCACCGGGCAGGGAACCAGCUACACUCCCUGAACAAGGUCACGGGGACACUGACACCGAUUCCAGUGGUCAGCAUACAGAGCAUACAGAGUCUGGAGGCCUAUGGGUCACAUCUCCAACCCCUGCCAAGUGAUGAAUGUCUGAAUCCAGAGGCUUACACUGGCAACAUCAGUUUAAUAAGUCACAACAAUGUGUCAUUGGUGGUUCAUUUGGACAGUGUCAUAUGGCCACGGUCCUGUAACGGAGUAUCCCACCCAGUCUCCAAGUACAUCCUGUACUACCGGCAGACUCAGCAGCAGCGGGAUACGUGCCAACUAACCAGUCAGAACUGUCAGAAAGUGGAGAGUUACAGUAAUGAUGUAACCCUUACAGAUCUAGACCCUUAUACAAUGUACACUGUGCAGGGAGCUGUCAGUAACUAUUAUACAGAGUACCUCUCUGAAGCUCUUAGCCCUCCAUCCUACUUCAGGACUAAAGUUGGAGUGCCAUCUCCACCCACCAAUGUCAAUGCCACGGUGGACACCCAAAUCACGAUCAAGGUCACCUGGUCAGCCCCAGUCAAACCCAAUGGUCCAAUCAGUGACCUGAGGUACAUGGUGAAGUACUCCACGCAGAUCAACAACCUGUACCAGGUGUUUAACAAGACAGUCAAGGUGGAACAGAACACAGACUCCCGAUACAACUACAACCUGACAGGGCUGCAGCCCGGACACACAUAUCAAAUCAAGGUGUUGGCAGGUAACAUUUACGGUGUCUUCUCAGAGGAAAGUCAGACUGUUCAGGUGAAAACCUACGAGAAUCCAGGUCCUAUCGUUCUGGUCAACUCCACUCAUGACACUCUGACCGUUUCCUGGACACCGCCCCCCGACAACAGCACCCACAUGCACAAAUUUUACUAUGGGAAGGUUGUGGAUAGACAUGUCGACCAAUGGAAUGAAGCAGAUGAUGGCCUCGCUCUUAGGACUGAAGUUCUUAAGGUCUAUGUCAACACCUUCACAAAUUUAGAACCCAACACACUUUAUGCAAUCAUAGUGAAACUGGGCUAUAGAUUACCUCAUCAGCAGUUUUUUUGGCCAACUGAUUACCUGAAGUUCACUUACAAUACCACAGCCUAUGUGCCAGGUACCCCCUCCAUACCAAAGAUCAACAAACUGAACCCAGGGUAUCAAGUAGAAUGGCAAGCUCCUAAAGACAACGGGAAACCUAUUCUGAAUUAUACAUUACAAUACUGUGAUACAGUUGCCUGUAGAGUGGUGUACGAGGGGAAUCUAACCCACUGGGUGAUGGACACCUCCAAGGUUCCCCAGAGUCAAGAUGUCUACUUCAAGGUGGCCGCUACAAACAUCCUGGGUCAAGGUCCCUUUAGUUCAAAUAGUUCAGCAUUCAACUACAUUGAGGACCCGGCCCCUGUAGACAACAUGACAGUUUUAGCGGUGGUCUUAUCAUUUGUGUUUGUGUUUAUCCUGGGCGCCAUUGUGUUAGCAUACUGCUUGAUCAGAAGACAACAACAGUUGAAGCAGAAGCCAGUGCAUUUCAUUGCUGUGGCGCGUGGACCAGACAUGGAGCUAGCCACCCUCCGCGAUCUGCCAACUGCCACCGUCCAACAAAACAACACACUUUACACCAUCAAUAUGAUUCCAACAGACAGUGAUAUUGCAGCCCUCCCCCACUUCAGGCGAGAUCAGCUGAUGUUGACCAAGUUUCUGGGAAGUGGGGCAUUCGGAGAGGUAUUCGAGGGAGUGGCUAAAAAUAUCCUCGAUGACAAUUCAGGGAAAACAAAAGUGGCUGUGAAGACGCUGAGGAAGAGCGCGUCUGACCAAGAGAAGGAGGAGUUCCUGAAGGAGGCGCUGCUGAUGAGUAACUUCAAACACGACCACAUUCUGGGUCUGCUGGGGGUGUGUCUGGACAACGACCCACAGUUCAUCAUCCUGGAAUUGAUGGAGGGAGGGGACCUGCUGUCAUUCCUCAGGGCCAACCGCCCCUCAGCUGUGAGCUCUGUUUACCUGACCUUGGCUGACCUGAUGAAGAUCUGCGUCCAUGUGGCCAGAGGCUGUACCUACCUGGAAGAGAUGCAUUUUGUACACAGGGAUUUGGCUGCACGAAACUGUCUUGUGUCUUCAAAAAAUCCAAGAGAAAUGGUUGUGAAAAUCGGAGACUUUGGUUUGGCUCGAGAUAUUUAUAAAAAUGACUACUAUAGAAAGGAAGGGGAGGGGCUGCUUCCUGUGCGCUGGAUGUCCCCGGAAUCGUUGGUGGAUGGAGUGUUCACCACACAGUCAGAUAUAUGGGCCUUUGGAGUCUUAAGCUGGGAGGUUCUGACCUUUGGUCAACAACCUUACCAGGCACGGACCAACAUUGAGGUGCUACACUUUGUCAGGUCAGGAGGUCAACUGGAUCAGCCGGAGAACUGCCCACAAGACAUAUUUGAGUUGAUGAAGAAGUGUUGGUGCACCAGUCCGGAGGAUAGGCCGUCCUUCUCCACUAUUCUGAAACAGCUAGAGGAGUUCCACAAGAACUGUGCCGUCCUCCUGACUGACUACAUCGUACCGGUCCGAAAUACGUCGCCUAAUCAAGAUGCUAAUAGAUGGCGAGACUCCUACUUGUACGGCCAUUUUGCUCCUCCUUCCCUCCGCUUCAGUAGCUGUUUAAACCCCUGUGAGGGGUUCCUGGGGGAUCAGAUAUCUGCUUAUCUCCGCAAUAAGGGGCUCACUGAGGGGUGUCCCAGCAUGGAUGUAAUGUAUAAGUUCAUGGAUUUGAGUGUUGUGGAUUGCCCUGAGAUGUUAUAUACUUAUAAUCCUGUAUUUAACAUUGAGAAGGAACACCCAGAAACUCAAAUCGAAACAGUUGGCGUAGUCGAGGCGACGUCCACCCAUCGUCCGUUAACAAGGUCACAAGGGAUGAAAGCGCCUGGCUGCGAUCCAGAGACACAAGCAAAGCAGACAAAACGUCCGAACCUGAAGAUCUCAUUACCUUCACCUGAAAAUUACGAAGAGACGGUAGGGCUGUACAGAAAGAUCCACCGGGCCACUUCAUUUGACUCACCAGAACCACAGGAGACAGAGGUGGAUGAAGAGAUGCUUCAAUAUCUGAACCCGAAGCUCUCUGGCGCUCCGUCGUAUCUCCAGCUGAUUAGCGAUCCUAAUGACCCCCCUCCUCAUGCUGUCCAUUCAAAGUCACGCCGUUCAUCACACAACAGUCAUCAUGCAUCACUAAAUAGUCGCCAUAACUCCCAGAGCAGCCAAUCGUAUUACAGGAAACACCGCACUGAAUCGCAAAGCAGUCGGCAUAGUUCGGCAUCGACAGACAUAUACUCUAGCCCAGUGGGAUCGAACCUUAAUCUGGAUCUACCGCCAAGUAGCAAUGGUCAAAACAGUGAGUACGAACACAUACAGCCGGUGGAAUCGGUUGGUGGUAAGUACGCACCAUACAUGAUGACUUCUCCCAGCAUUCCAGAGGACGAUGAUGAUGCAUUCCCGGAAGGUUACGAUUACGUCGAUUAUUCCCAUCGGAAACUUCCAAAAUCUGCAGCAUAUUCCGUGAUCCGCGGAACUCUUCAGUGUUUAAGGAAUGGAUACUCGGAGCCUGGCUACGACCCGAUGGACAUCAUUUCCAACAACAACUUGAAUUUACUGAACAAUAACCUUCCCAGCAUGCACAGGGCGGUGGACAAUAUCCCGGGGGGGAGGACACAAGGACAAGCUUAUCCGGUGGAUAACGCAAUGUUUGACUUUAAUGACCUCAUACAGGCAAGUCUUGUCUGAGUUCUAAUCAUCCACACUGUCUACAUUAACGCAUAUGUGUGUGUUUGUGUGUGUGUGUGUGUGUUAUCUACCAUGUAUCAAACCCAGUGGGUAGUAAAAGGGCAAUUGUUAUGCAUGAGAUUUGUUUCUGUUAUUAUAUUUAAAUAUAGUGAAAAUAUAUGGAGACUUUGUAAUUUUUACUGCAGUUUUCAUAGUCCUCUUUGUGAGCAAUUUUUGUAGACCAAAAUUCUAUUGAAAGCUUAUUACAGAGACAUGACAGACAAAUUGUCUUUGAAAUACACAUAGACUGAUCCUCUGUAUUGCUGUAUUUGAAAACCUUGUAAAUUUAGCUUGUGCCGAAAAAUUAUCUAGAGGGCAUUGCAUUAAAAGCAAUGCUGAUUUUUAUCAUCAUUUACAAAGUUAUAAUUGAUUGAGUGAAAUUCUAUUUUAAGAAAAGCUAGACGGUUUAAAUCAUACAAUUUAUGUCCAAAAAUAUCCUCACUAAAAUAAUUCCCAGAAUCUGUUUUUAUUUGUUAAUAAAUGUUGAGUGAUAUCUAAUGCAUUUGAUUCAACAAAGUGUAGGCUGUUUGAUAUCUGGCAUUUUAAACUGUUAAAUGAUAUACAUUUUUUUGUAUCUUUAUUAAUUAUAUUAUAGAUUGUGUGAUUGUCAAAUGAUAUUUGAUGUUUGAUGAUAUUUCAACAAGAUAUUCUAAAUGAUAUCUUCUCAUCUGAAUUUGUGUAAUGGUAUCCAAUAUACUUGACUGUUCUAUAUUACUGUAAGAUGGUUUUUACCCUAUGUGGAGCUUUAAAACAAAACUGUUCUAAGAACUUAAGGAAUAGCAGUAUUAACUAUUGAUUAAUUAAUGUUAAUUAUUAUUCAAUAAAAAUCCUGCAAUAUAACCUGUUAAGAUGAUAUGGGACACCUCUAUAUUAUGACUUACUUCUAUCAAAAUAAAAAAAUAAAAGCAAGUAUAAAGACAUAUAUUUUUUUAUUUAUCUUUCCCAAAUUUGUUACCUAUCAUUGUGGCACCAAUGAGUUAGAGUGUUAUCUACGAAUCUGGAAGUCAUGAGUUUGAAUCCCGCCGGGGCUUUUAUAUAUUGUACCUUCCCCAAAAAAUUAAACACCUAUUUUUUGGUUAUAUAUUGCAAAAUCUUAAAAUUCUAAACUGGUGACAGUAUUUUGAUUAUAAUUUUUUGUUAUCCACAUUAAUCGACAGGUGCCCCAUACCACCUUAAAAAACUCAAGUCAAAGUGCUCUGUUAAAAAAAAAAAUGGUAUGAUAGUGAUAUAUAUCUUUUAUUUUUGUCAUGCAUCGAUGUACAUAUGUAAAUUCAAGACUUAUGACUAGUACGUUCAUGUACUGAGCUAUGUAAAAUUAAUUACCUACAUCUCCAUGAAUUAAACUAUAAUGAAAUUCUAGUUUUGGGACAAAAUAUAUUCAUUGUUUUUUUAUGAAUGAAGAAAAUUUAAUGAACUACAAUGUAAUUGAGACAUAUUUGUAUGAAAGUCUGUUACUCUAUAACUGUUAUGUGAAAUAAAAGAAGGAAAAAAACCUCUGGCUUUGAACAUGUUGAAG